CGUCGGAAUGACUGAAAACACGAUCAACAAGCAAGCACAGAAGUAUGCCGACAGAGAGAAACCCGGACCUCCUACAGCCUGCAGUCAGACUCCACAGGGUUACGCUUUCGACGACGAACAAGAGUUGUUUUUUUUCAGUCUUAAACUACAGAUAACAUCAGAGUUUGGACAGUGGUUGUUGUCUGAGUUUAUGUCUUGACGGGAUGGCAUGACGGGGCUGAACUUUCCCGAUCCUCUCGCACACUGACGGUGCAGAAACGGCGCUGGUAUCACUGCGGAUAGUGAGGUGGUUACCACUGGAUAAACAGGGUGGUAACGCCACGUACGGCCGGGACGAUACAAAAGACAACUAAACGAAAGCUUUAAUGAGUAACCGAGUGGAUACUGAGUUGUAAAGUGAAACGCAAUGUGAAGCCAUGGAUGAUCGACUCAGUGGAAAGUUGGGAGAGAAGACGAAAUCUUCGCAAAAUUGAUGCUUUUUUGAGCACGAUACGACAGGGGGAGCUCGGUUCAGCGUCCUGUGACGUUUCUCGCAGCGUGGCACACAAAUCAAACUUGAUACAACAAUGUGCGAAGUGGCCAUGGAGGAGCAGGAGAGGGAGAUCUCCGACAUAGCCCCGCAGGAGUGCCCCUCUGCGGCGGAGAACGGGGGGGUCAUGCUGGUGGUGAAUCACAGCCACGUCCAUGCCCCCCUCAGCGUGGUGCUGGCCACCCUGCUGUACUGCGCAGAGUUCAUCACGGCCGCCGUGCUGUGCAGCAUGUACCAUAAAACCAACGACGGCGUGUGGAUGGCCUUCACCAUCACCUUCAUGCUGGUGCCCGCCGUGCUCAUCCAGCUGGCGCUCACCUUCAUUCACAGGGACUUGGGCACGGACCGGCCUCUGGUGCUCUUCCUGCACCUGCUGCUGCUCGGCCCCGUCAUCAGGUGUUUCGAGGCCCUGGUGGUCUAUUUCAAGGCCGGGCACAAGGAGGAGCCUUACGUCACCAUCUCCAGGAAGAUCCAGCUGAAGAAGGGACAGGGGUUGCCUAUGGAGUUGGAAAUUGGCCAGUCGGAGAGGACCCUGGCCACACACAGGAACGCCUUCAAGCGUACGGCGGUCAUCCAGGCUUUCCUGGGCUCCACGCCUCAACUGACGCUGCAGCUGUACGCCACCAUCCAGGAGAAAUACUUCCUCCCUGCAAGAUUGGCCCUGAUGAUCAUCACCCUGAUCUCCAUCAUAUACGGGGCGCUUGUGUGCAGCGUUCUGGCCAUCCAGAUCAGAUACGAUGAAUACAAGGUGCGCCUGCGCCCUGCGGCGUACCUGUGCAUGAUCGCGUGGAGGGGUCUGGAGAUCGCCACGCGCAUCACGGCUCUCGUCCUCUUCAGCACGGCGCUCGCGGAGUGGGUGAUCCUCGUCGGCUUGGUCAACCUGCUCUUCUUCUUCUUCCACCCGUGGGCCGAGUUCUGGGCCAGAAAGGGUUCGCUGGCGGAGGAUGUUGAGAAGAACUUCUCCAAGCUGGGCACGACGGUGGUGCUGUGCAUGUUCACGCUGCUCUACGCGUGCAUCAACGUCUUCUGCUGGUCGGCCGUGCAGCUCGACCUCACGCACAAGGAGCUCAUCGAAAGGGAGCAGCACUGGGGCCGCCUCGCUCUCUAUUACUGCGGCCGCUUUGUGGAGAACUUCCUCCUCAUCCUGCUGUGGUACUUAUUCAAAUCAGACUUCUACGAGUAUGUGUGCGCGCCGCUGCUGGUGGUGCAGCUGCUGAUCGGCUACAGCCUGGCCGUGAUCUUCAUGCUGCUCUUCUACCAGUUCUGCCACCCCUGCAGACGCCUCUUCAAGUACAACGUCCACGACUGCCUGCACUGCGUCUGCUGCCACAAAGGGAGGGAGGGGGCUGGCGGGAGACAGCGGAAGCCCCAGCCCACAUACUCGACCGCAGGCACCAUGGUGCUGGUGCCGGAGGAGCCGCUGGAGCUGCUGGACCCCAGAAACUCCGAACCCCCAGACCUCACCAGUCAGCUGGGAGAGCGGGAGACUGCUAUUAUUGACGACAUAAUGGAAGCAGCGUGAAGAUGGCUUAACGGAGAAUAAAACGAACUAAAUGCUCUGAUGUAAAAAUGCAUCGAAGCUGGUGCAACACUGAACGAUUCUUUAAACACACGAACCACGGGGUCCUUGUUGUUUCAGAGAUAGCAAAAUGAUGAAUUAGAAAACCCAAGAUUUGCAUUUUUCUCCUGAGUGCGCAGAACUUUACACAUUUUUGGCUCUGAACUGGAUUUAGGUCCUUACUGAUGUCUUUAUGGAGCAUGAUAACCCACAGUCAGGGCACCACGGGGCCCCAGAAUGCUAAAAGAAUGUAGCAUGCUGAGAUAUGCAGCCAUGCACAAAGACCAGCUUAAGAGAGAGCAGCAGUGGGGUCAUGCUCAGGAGGACUGAGCCAGGUGUGCAGGGAGACGUGCCAAGUGUGUCCGAAGAGUCUUGAAAGACUGAGCAGGACUCCCCCAGUAUUCCUCCUCUCAGGGUUUAUCCCCCCCCCCCCCCCCCCCCCCCUUUGCACAUGCUUGCAUCAGCGCUAAACAGACUCCUUUUUAAACAAAGCAGGAAGGGGAGAAAAGGUCAGAAGAAGAAUUGAUCUUCCUCAUACCCUGACUGCUGUGAUGAAUGCCUUGUGUUGUUCGCUGUCCAGCCUGACUGCCUUGAUUUUUUUUUUUUUUUUUUUUUUUUUAAAAGAAGGUCCUGGUUCAGACUAUCAGGUGUUUGUCUUUCAUAGUUAACCUUAAAGUUGAUGAUGCAUCGACCAAACUGCCACUGAAUGAACUGUAUCAAAGUGCUCUCACAGGUUUUAAUGUGUUGUCUCGUUUGUUUGUGUGCCUUGACUACUGCUGUUUACUUGAAAGAUACAUAAAAGCAUUGAAUGUCCUCAUGUUAUUUAGUUUACCUUUUUCAUGAAUAAAAAUAAAACAUGA